GAACUGUGAGGUGCGGACAAAGGAAGAGGAGUUUCCAGAAGGUGCUCUGUGCAGUAUAUAACCUCUGCCACAGAAGAGCUCGACAGUAUCCAGAGCCCAGACUCACAGAGAGAGAAGAAGGCUGAACAGCGGACAGUUCGUACCUUAUAAAUUUUACAAGCAGACGGCCCGAGGCAUCAGCAGAGAAGCAGUCUAAUGGAGAUGAUUACACCCAUGGAUGAACUGCAAGAGAUCUACAACCAGCAGGGCUUCCUCUCAGCGCUGCCUGUGUUGGAUGAGAUGCAGCUGAGGGAGGCCAGGAACGCCUUUUCUGAGCUGGAGAGGGAAUUUGGUGAAGCGUACACCCAGUACAGCCUCCACAAUGUUCACCUUCAGUACCCAUGGGUAAGCAACCUGACCAAACACCCUCAAAUCUUGCGAGUGGUCAAGGCCAUCCUGGGCCCUGACGUCAUCCUGCUGGACUCCCGCUUCAUCUGUAAAUACCCGGCGCUCAAACCGGACAUCGAGGAGAAUGAUGCACAAACCAAAGCUGAUGGGAGCGGAGGAGAGAAUGGACUUCCGUAUGUGGCCUGGCAUCAGGACAUGAGGUAUUGGGGGAUCGAUGGUGGGCCUGUUCUCUCUGUGUGGCUCGCUUUUGAUGACUCGCUGGAGGAGAACGGUGCCCUUCGAGUCAUCCCAGGUAGCCACUGCGCUGGCAUGUUGCCCCAUCACCAAGCCAUCCGCCCUGGAAACAUGCUGUCAGUCAAUCAGGAGAUCCCAGAGGAGCUGGUGAAGGCUGAUGAGUCUGUGCUUUGCCCUCUGCUAGCCGGCCAGAUGUCUAUUCAUGAUGGAUUCCUCGUCCAUGCCAGCGACCCCAACACAUCCCAGAAGAGGCGCUGCGGGUUUGUGAUCCGCUAUGUUCCCACCCGUGCAUACCCGAUACAUGAUCCUGAUCGUCCCAGGAAAUUUCAUGCGACACAGUUGGCCUGUGGAAGUGAUCAGUUCCAUCACUUCUCCAGCAAAACCAUAUGAAUACUGCCCUCACUCCUCACACUUACUUCUGCACUUUACAGGAAUAUUUCUGACUUAGGUCAAAUAUCUACUUUAUGUUAUGAAUAAUACAAUUAAUCAAAAAUAGGUGUAAAUUUCUACGGCAUCAUUGGUACUAUACUGUAUUGAAAUGUCUCAGCUGUGAAUAGAUGAUUGAUAAAAUGUUCUUCCAAAGUUCGGAAUGUGUGGGCAUUGUAUUGUGCCAUAUAUGGAUGCAACUGUACUGUUUUAAACUGCUUUAAAAUAAACUGGCAAAAUA